AUGAAGGACGUUAAGUUAACAAAGCAGCCUAUAACAAAUCAGCAUCAACUUUCAAAAGAACAGUGCCCUAAGAAUGAAGAAGAUCGGGAUUAUAUGAGCAAGGUUCCUUAUGCAAAUGCAGUAGGCUAUAUUAUGUAUCUAAUGCUGUGCACUAGACCUAACAUUGCAUAUGCAAUAAGUGCAAGGACUACAAUUGAAGGCUAUUGUGAUGCAGACUACGUUGGCGACAGAGACAGUAGGAGAUCUACCUCAGCUUAUUUUUUCUUAAUAGGGGGAAAUUGUGUUAGCUGGAAAGUACAAUUACAGUCAGUGGUUGCUCUUUCAACUAUCGAAUCAGAAUAUGUUGCUACUACAUAA